CUCACGCGCUAAACUGUUGCCUCUCGGGCUGUGGUGAUGUGCCACUCUGGAUUUGACAGCGCGCGGGUCAGGAGGACCGAUUUUACGCACGACUGCAGCUCGCGGUUAUAAGCGCAGUUGUUUUCUGCCGCACGUGUGGGAAGCUGCUCUUCCCAUGGUGGGAGCUUCAUCCGUCGGGGGAUCGCGGUGAAGUGCGGGCUGAUUGAAUGUCACCUCCGGUCAUCAUGGAUUAUGGAAGGACCAUGGCGCCUCCGGUGCCGCCGCACAACCCCAAGCCCGCCCGGCCGGGGCUGGCGCACGAGCGCCUGCUCAAGUGCGUCCUGCUCGGAGACGGAGCGGUGGGCAAAACCAGUCUGGUGGUCAGCUACACGACCAAUGGUUACCCGACCAAAUACGUCCCCACUGCUUUUGAUGACUUCUCCGCUGUGGUUCAGGUGGACGGGAGUCCGGUGCGGCUGCAGCUGUGCGACACUGCGGGACAGGACGAAUUUGACAAACUGCGACACUUCUGCUACAGUCGGACCGACGCGCUGCUGCUCUGCUUCAGCGUGGUCAGCCCCGCCUCCUUUCAGAACGUCUGGGAGAAGUGGGUGCCCGAGAUCCGCCGGCGCUGCCCGCUCACGCCCGUCCUCCUGGUGGGCACGCAGUGCGACCUGCGGCAGGACGUCAAGGUGCUGAUCGAGCUGGCGAGGCGGCGGGAGCGGCCGGUGGCGGAGGAGGACGCCCGGGCGCUGGCGGAGAAGAUCGGCGCCGUGACGUACAUCGAGUGCUCGGCGCUGACGCAAAAGAACCUGAAGGAGGUGUUCGACGCGGCCAUCUCCGUGGGGCUGCGGCAGUCCGACAGGAGGGCGCGGCGGGAGAGGAAGGUCCGCAGCACGGCCGACAAGAUGAAGAUGCUGUCCAAGUCCUGGUGGAAGAAAUAUGUGUGUGUCCAGUAGGAGGGGAGGAGACAGAUCCUCGAUCUGCGACUGAGGCCAAAACUGGAACUGCUGACUUGUGUGGAGGGGACUGAGUGGAAUACACGGACUUCAUGGACGACCCACAGUGAGCUGACUUGAAUGACUUUGCGAUGGUUCAGUGCAGGCUGCAUGCGGGAGCCGUGUAACGUUUGUGGGCUUCUGUUUCACCCGAAAAAAGCUUUUUAUUGAAACCGAAGAGACGGAGAACACGAGGCUGUAACCACUGUCUGCUCAUCAGAGCCAGUUUGAACUGCUAAAUAUGACUGUGACCAGCACCAAACCAAAAAUACUGACCCCGAUAACCUCUUUAGGCACAUGGACUGUAAAUCAUACUGGAUCUGUCCAAAGCAAAUGUGAAAUGACUCAGGCGGUUACAUACUGAAAGUAUAUCCCUCCUAGUCCGUCAGAUUUGAUCCCCUUCUUUAGAAAAGUACCAUAGCAAAAUAUCUUAUGAGUUCUACACUGUAAUCUAAUGACCCAAUAUUUUUUGUUUGUUUUGCUUUUUACUGAUCUGAAAGAAUAAACUCAGUGCAAAUUGCCCUUCUAAAAAAAAAAACCAAACAUAUCAAUGCAAUAAUUGUUUUAUCAAAACUGGUGGUUCAAACCCUCGGGGAGGCCAGCAGCUUUUCCUGUUCUGAGGUUGUCACGGUUAGAUUUGCACAUCUCGAAUAAACUCAUCAAAGAUACGUCUGAAAGUCUGAAGGCUCCUGCUGUAGUGCACCGUUUUGGGUUCACUGUGAAGCUUUCAAAGUUUUCUUGAUGGGAGAACUCCAAAUGGAAAUAAAGGAGCGAGCCAAAUAUAACCUGUACUCUUUUAAAACAUAUAUAACACAAUCUUAUUUUGUGAUUAAGAUUAAAUGUACAUAUGCAGAUUUUUUCAAAAAACGAAAUCAGUAAUUUCCUCAGGCUGAUUGAAUAAUGUGUCAGACUAUGAAAUAUCACGGUUGUGUGUGCACCACUUUUCUUUUUUUAGCUCUUUAACAAUACAAACACUUUACAGUCGUUUGAAGCGAUAAAACGUCAUUAGAAUAAAUCAGAUUGAUCCAGCUGUUGAUUGUCCCACCAGUUUUAUCUGAGUAACACCUGUCUGCUGUCAGUUUCUGAAAUGUUUUGGAACCGCCAGUCCUUCAUUGUGAGUGGAAAAACGUCCUCUGCCAACAAGGUGGUGCAGUAAAACCAUUGUACGUUGCACCUAUAAACACGUCACUCAAGUCUGAUCAUACAUUAGCCUUUGGACCAGUGUUGGAAUGGAAACUUUAAAUUCUCCUUUAUCUUUUUUUUUUUUUUUUUUUUUUUGAGCUGGGUGCCAGAGCAGGUGGGGCUGCUCCAUCACAGGGUCUGUCGUGGUCACAGCGGUCAGGGCCUUAAACAGAAAGUUAUCCAUCGUCGUCGGUCAGUGUAUCGAUCCUUCUCUCUGCCGCAUAUUAUACAGUAAUUGAGGUGAAACCACCAAAGAGACUGAUUCUGUGUUUGCUUCUUAUUUUUCAGAAGCCUUUGUUCAGCUUUGUCUAUUUAUCUCCUUCAUUCUGGGCCAAUAACAGAUCAGGAACAAUACACAUGUGUCAUUAUGCGUGUUACAUACUGUUCAUAUAUGGUGUUUGUAAUGUCAUCUGCAUAAAUCUGUGUGAACACAUGGAAGUGUUGGCCAACUCUGAAUGGUACUUAACAGGAUGAGUGUCUCGGUUGGUGUCUGAUUCUGGUGUGUGAGGAGUUUGUUGGACUUUGUGAGUGGAACAAAAUAAAAUGUGAAAUAUUUAACC